CCCAAACGCAAUACCGAUACCGAAAAGGUGGCCCGCCUGCCCGACUGUACCCACCUGGGCCCAGGUCUGACUUCAUAAUAAUAAUAAUACUUCCGUGCCUCCUCGUCUGUCUCCUCUCUCCACGUCUUACUCUAUAGCCUUCUACCACACCAAGCCCCAUCGACCAGACAAACGAAAUGGCUACCAACGGCAAUGACAAGGGGGAAGGAGGAGCCGUGGGCAACGAAAAGAUCAACACAGAUAUCAUCACCCUCACCCGCUUUCUUACCGAGGAGCAAACAAAGCACAAGGAGGCAACGGGAGACUUCACACUUCUAUGCCAUGCCCUCCAGUUUGCUUUCAAGAGCAUCGCCUACUACAUUCGAAGAGCAACGCUCAUCAACCUCACUGGCUUACAAGGCACUUCGAAUACGACGGGCGACGAGCAGAAGAAACUCGACGUAAUCGGCGACGAGCUCUUCAUCUCGGCUAUGCGCUCCAGCGGUCGCGUGCGUUUGCUGGUGUCUGAAGAGCAAGAAGAGGCCAUAGUCUUCGACGAAUUCCCCAGCGCGCGAUACGCCGUAGCCUGCGAUCCCAUAGACGGUUCGUCCAACCUCGAUGCUGGUGUCUCGGUCGGCACCAUCUUCGCCGUAUACAAGCUUGCCGAGGACGCGCAGGGCACCAAGGAGGAUCUCCUGAAGCCAGGCACGGAAAUGGUUGCAUCAGGAUUCACCAUGUAUGGUGCUUCUGCGCAGUUGGUAAUCACCAUGAAGGGCGGCAGUGUCAAUGGCUUCACCUUGGACAAUGCGUUUGGCGAGUUCAUCUUGACCCAUCCAGACAUGAAGUGUCCAAAGACGAGGGCGAUUUAUUCAGUAAACGAGGGCAACUCGUUGUACUGGGAGGAACCGGUCAAGGAGUGGUGCCACAGUUUGAAGAACCCUGCCGAGGGAGGCAAGCCUUAUAGCGCGAGAUACAUCGGCUCCAUGGUGGCAGACGCCUACCGAACGCUGUUGUACGGCGGUAUCUUUGCGUAUCCAGCGGACAAGAAGAGCCCCAAGGGCAAGCUGCGUAUCCUGUACGAAUGCGCCCCAAUGGCCAUGGUCUUUGAGAACGCUGGGGGUCUCGCGAUCAAUAGUAAAAUGGAGCGCAUGCUAGAAGUCGUGCCCGAACACAUCCAUGACCGAUCUGGUAUUUUCCUUGGUUCGGAGGGCGAGGUACAAAAGGUCAUUGAUGCGCACAAGAAGCACCAGAAAUAGGUUGCUUGCGCAUGGGUAGCGGGCAAGGCUGCAAUAGUUUGAGCACGCAGAAUACUUGACCAAGUGCAACGGAUAUACCGAAUUUCGGGACUAUUCUGGUGACAAAGCAAGCCGGCAACAUGUUUAUCAGCAGCCGGGUCGCUCUCAUGCACGAUUACCGACAGUCAGCCUGAUCUCGUACCACUGUCAGCAUGCAAGUAAUUGAUGCUUUCGGAAACGUGUGUUGGCAACCGUGAGUCUGGGAGUGAAAAUGAAAGUCGAUUGAUCAGC